GUAAAAGUCUGUGCUCCGGCCUAUAGUGAAUUUCGUAACAUUUCGCGUUACUGAUAUCAUUUAGUUUAAAAAUUAUUCGAAAAAUAUCUAAGUAUCCGACGCAAUAACAAAAUACAUGCAAUGCAACAAAUGCAACUCAUCGAAAUGAAUGUGGAGAUUGACAUAGCGUAUUGGAUGCGGAGAUACGAGCAUUAGAUACGAGCAUUAGAAAUACUUAUCGUCUAACCUCGAUAUUAUGUUAAUUUAGAAGAAUUUUAGAGAUUGACUGUCACAAAUUUUGUUUACAGCUUAUUAGUUUUUAUAUUUCUGUAUGGUGGAGAGAUUGACCAACCAUUUGAAUUGAACAACCAAACCAAUACAAUAAUAAUCAAUAUGGAUCAAACACAGGAUAAAAAAACACAGGAUGAUAUAGAAGAAAUCCCUGCGAUGAAGAAUGAAUUAUUGUUUAAAUUAAACGAGCCAGUUACUACAGCUCUAAAUAUAAGCUCAAUGGCAACAAUGAACAGUAGCAAUGAUGGAGCUAGUUUAUCGUUUGUAGUGUUGGGCAAAGAUUCAAUGGAAAAUGUUCAAGCUUCAUUAUUAGCCUCAUAUGUUGAUAUUCAGCAGAAAAGCAUGGCUGUUGAUUAUAAAACAAUGAUAUCAUCACUGAGCAUAGACGAGAUGCAGCAAAGACUUACUGAACUAUUGCAAGAAAAUGUGAAAUUGAAGGAAACUUUGAAGCAAAAUAAUGUAUCUAUGAAGCAACAAUUUCAAACAUUGGCAAUCUGGCAAGAAGAAGUCAUGAAGGUUCAUCAGAACCACAAACAAAAAUUUGCAGAGACAAGAAAAUUGAUCAGUCAGUUAAAACAGGAAAAUACUGACCUGCAAACUAAACUUCUGCAGUGGCAACAGAUAGAAAACAUGGGAUUUGAGCCAAUUAGUGCAAUUUCUGAAUCUACCAGCAUUAGCAUUCCUGAUCAAAUAGAAUUUCAGCAGAGUAUGCUCAGCAAAGUUAUGAUAUCAAAAAUGGAUAUUGAAGCGUGCAAACAAUAUACAACAUCCGAAAAAUUUACUGAAAAAGGCUUAUAUAAGAGUCCAGAUCAAUUAAAAGUAGAAAAAGAGUUAGAAUCAGCAAUGAAAUCAUUAAAUUGUAAUAGCUGUGAAACUUCUGAGCAGAUUGUAGAACAUCAAGAAUGCUCAGAGUGUUCUGUAAAACAACAAGAAAUUGCUUGCUUGAAAGAAUCGAUUGCUUUACUUCAACAAAGGCUGCAAUGUACUCUUUCUUCUAUUUCGUAUGAUUUAUCAGAAUCAUCAUCCGAUUCAAAUCGUCAGAAAUUCAUACAAAGUAUGAAGCAAUAUAAUGAUAUUUAUCAUGAAUUAACUGCAUGUUUCGUAGGACAAAUAGAACGCUUUCCUGUAAUUGAAAAAAAUUUAAAGGAGAUUACUGACAUUCUUAUGGUACUUGAUGAUGAUCCUUCAAAAAUGCAAUUGCAUCAAUAUAGAGAAAAAUUAUGUCAUUUUUGCAAACAUUUAGCUGACGAGCAAGUGAAAAUUAUCACUGACAGACAGAUUCUAGUUAAAUCGCAGAAUCAGUUUCAGAAGAUACUUUCUGAUUAUAAUUCCAUUCUAUACGAACUGGAAAUUACGAUCGAUGAAAAUGCGAAACUAAAUGUUUUAAAGGAUAAUACCACUCGUGAGAGUUUGCAAAAAUCGGGGGAAAUGGAACGCAUCAAGCAGGACAGGCAAUUGUUCGAAGAAAAGAAAAGAACUUUUGACCAAGAAAAGAACCAUUUGGAAGAAGAAAAAAAAUCACUGGAAAAGCAGAAAAAGAGCUUAGAUGUAGAGCGAGACUCGUUGUACGACGAGAGGAAACUUUUGGCGCAAGAAAAGAUAAGUCUGAAUGAAGAGAAAAUGUCACUUGACCAACAAAGUCAACUAUAUGAAGAUUGUGAAAAAUCUUUGCAGAACGAGAAGAAAACAUUGCAACAUCAGUUCGAGAAGUUACUGAACGAGACAAAUUUUUUGAAACAAGAACUUGAAGAAAAGAAUGAAGAAUUUAAAGAAGUGCUGGAACAUCUUGCACAAAGCACGGAAGAGAUUAAUUUAUUAAGAUCACAAUUAACACUUUACGAAGAAGACUUUCAACAUGAGAAAAAACUUAAAGAGGCACUCUUGGAAGAGAAAAGUAAAUUAGAUGUGGAAUUACAAAAGCAAGUAGAAUAUAAUAAGCAAUUGCAAGAAUCUGCUGAUAUUUAUAAACAUACUAGUUCCAAUGUUCCAUCUGAACCUCGAAAGGAUGAUUCGACAAUGCUUGCGUCUGCGUGUCCAAAAUGUGAAUUGAGAUUUCAAAAUCUAUCGGCUCUGAUAACGCAUAUUGAAAGAUGCCUAGAAUUUUAAUAAUCAAAAAAAUAUUAAUCCGAUUUUUUUAGUUUUAACAUAUUAGGGUAUUUACAGGACGCAUCUUCAUAACGAAGCAUCAAGUCAUAUCAAUACUUCUGUGGUAUUUUGUAUUCAUGCAGCAUAUAAGCGUGUAUAUUUUAUUUCUUUAUGACAAACUUUUAUGUUCAAUUCACUUGUGAUACAAAUUAAAGUGCAUGUGUAAUGCACUGAAUAUUAAUUAGGAGAAUUAUUGACAUGCGUGACACAUUUUAAGUAUAGCAAGACUAUAUCAUGCCAAUGUGUGAAAACACAAUAUAUUUGGCAUAGAAGUGUUAAUUUGUAGUAUGUAAUAAGGUUUUGUGUAAAGGAGACCACAAAUUAGACCAGAAAAAAAGGAAAAGGCUUCAUGGAUUUUGAUGAAAUUUGUAGGGAAGGUAGUUUAGGGUGAAACGAAAAAUGACCAUGGCAAUUUGGCUUAUUUGGCAAUAAUCUUAUAUUAAUAAUAUAAUAAUAAUAAUAUUAUUAUUAUAUAUGCAUUGCCAUGGAUACAAAUCCAAUUUUGGAUAUAUAUAUGCAUUGCCAUGGAUAGGAAUCCAAUUUCGGAUAUACAUAUGCAUUGCCAUGGAUAGGAAUCCAGUUUCGGGCGCCAUUACUCGGGAAUCAUGGCACCUGAGCCGAAUCGUCAUGGUCAUUUCUCUUCUGUCACCCUAAACUACCUUCCCUGCAAAUUUCAUCAAAAUCCAUGAAGCCAUUUUCCAUUUCGUUUUCGUUUUCUUUUUUUUUUGUCUAAUUUGUAGUUUCCUUUGAAAAUUAAGUAACAGGAUAUUUUCCCAUUUUACUUUUAUUUGCUGUGUUUUAAUUCAUUUUAGUGACUACAUUCUUGACACGAUAGAAAGACUACUAAAAUAAAGUUCAAAAUUAUUUUUAGCAAAAAGUAGUUAUGCAUUCAGGAACAUUCAAAUUUUACAUCAUAAUGUGAAUGCAUCACACAGUACCUGUACGUAACCGUUAGUUACCUCAUGUAAAAAUAAAUAAACUUUUAAAAGAAUUAAGCUACAAUGAAUAUAAAUCACUCUACAAAAAAGUAUUCAUAGAGUAUAUCUAUCUACCGCCACGUAACUCCCUUUAUACUAGAAAUAACUAUCGCCACGUAACUCUCUUUAUACUAGAAAUAACUAUGCUAAUAGUAGACGUUGUUAAUGUAAAUAUAUGUAUACCAGACACGUACACACGUUUAUGCUGAACUUAUAACGCAAACGUAUUUAAAAAAGA